AUGGAUCUGGGCUUGGCACACAAAGGUAUCAUCACUCCCACUCAGAAAGGGACUUGUUAUGGCUUUUUGAGGGUACAUAAACACACUUUAUUCAGCAUUGUUAUUGUACAGACAGCCUCAUUCAAACAGGUUAGUGUAGCGAACACUCUGUACAGAUGGUCUCUCUGUUAAGCCAGAUGCAACUUCAAAUAGCCCAACGGCUUGAGUCUAAGUGUUUGCUUGGCGGGAAAAGUCAGCGAAAACGUUGACUAUAAACUUGCGGAGACAAUCGUAUGUGGGAGUAAUUCAUAUGAUGAACUAGGUUCUGUCAGGGAAUUUAGGUGUUCCGCAGGGGUGUGAGCCGGGACCCUUCCAUUUUCGAUUGCCGCUCCUUUAUCGGUCUUCCACGCAGAGCUGCCUGAAGGGGCCGACCUGCAUGAAUCUCCCUAGUCUCCUCUGUCCUAGGCUGACCUCGGGCCUAGCUGGCAACGCUACUGAGAGAGCGUGACGAGCACAUAUUUCAACCUUUAUUUUCAGACCUGGACAAAGGCCCAUGGCCCAAUUCAUUAAGUCAUUCCCCAUUUGCAGCUACUUUUAAAGAUGGCACUUGGCUGAGGUGUUAUCUCAUUGAGUUGAAAUGCCCAUAUCCUUAAGGAUGGCUUUUUGAGGAUACGCAGCAGUUUGUUGGAAGAAAAGCUGGCAUGUUUCGCUGUCCAUCGUUUGCUGUAAUUCUUGAAUACAUUUUCUGAAGAAACAUGUGUACUCAGUCACACAGCACUUCAGUCACCAUAACUUUGGUUUUACACUGCUGCUUUGUGUGUAUAAUCAUGAGGAUGAUGAUUAUUAUUGAUGCACUUUGAUCUGAUCUGUUUGUGUGUGAUUCACCAUAAUACAUUUGACAUUUUAGUAAUUUAGCAGACGCUCUUAUCCAGAGCUACUUACAGUAGAGUGCAUACAUGUUCAUAUUUUUUAUUACUUUUUUCGUACUGGUCCCCCGUGGGAAUCGAACCCACAACCCUGGCGUUGCAAGCGCCAUGCUCUACCAACUGAGCCAUACGAGACCUACAUAGCCAUUCAUCUUUGUAAUAGCCACUCAGGGUGACUCAUUCCCUUUACCUGGGGAGGUACAGCGUGACUCAUUCCCAUUACUUGGGGAGGUACAGCGUGACUCAUUCCCAUUACUUGGGGAGGUACAGCGUGACUCAUUCCCAUUACUUGGGGAGGUACAGCGUGACUCAUUCCCUUUACCUGGGGAGGUACAGCGUGACUCAUUCCCAUUACCUGGGGAGGUACAGCGUGACUCAUUCCCUUUACCUGGGGAGGUACAGCGUGACUCAUUCCCUUUACCUGGGGAGGUACAGACAUAUGCAUACAAAAAACAGCCUUGACAAGCCGCCAGCCUCCUGUAGUCUCCCAGGUAAUACGCUGUGACCGUUGCCAUGGCAAUUGUAUCCCGGGCCUCUCUGUCUGUGCCUACUAGCAGUGCAGUGGUAGCUAACCUGGGAUGCCACUAUCACUGGUACUGCCUGGCAGGCUGGCACAUAUAACUGUCUCUCUCUCUACGCUCUAGCAGCUAGACGCAGGGCUCUCCAACCCUGUUCCUGGAGAUCCACCCUCCUGUAGGUUUUCGCUUCCAACCCCAGUUGUAACUAACCCGGUUCAGUUUAUCAACCAGCUAAUUAUUAGAAUCAGGUUUGCUAGAUUAGGGUUGGAUGGUAGCUCUCAGGGUUGGAGAGCCCUGAACUAGAGUAUAGCUGGAGGCCUCAGCCAGCACCAGAGAAUAGCUGGAGGCCUCAGCCAGCACCAGAGUAUAGCUGGAGGCCUCAGCCAGCACCAAAGUGUGUAAUAUGUGACAAGGGACCCCAGUACCCAGCUAAGAGGACCUAGUGGGGCGACGGAGCAUCUUCACUUCACAUACGCAUCUGAGCUGCUACCCCUGAGGAGCAUGCAGGGUCACAAUUUCCCAGCUGGCCAUUCAGAGCACAAACACACACUGGCUCUCAGACGCUGCUCACCGAUGAAUCAUGUGCAGCGCGAUGAGCAGAUCUUUUAUUUUCAGCUGUGGCUAUUAUCUCAUUACCCUGCUUGUAAACAUUCUGGACACCGAUUGAAGGAAAAAAAGAGCUGAAUUUUGAUUACCUCUGCUUCGUAGUUUGUAGCGUGCUUGUAUUCAGCUCAAGAGUAUCUAGAUGUAGAAUAGCUCACAUAACAAUCAGAGUACAGGCCACUUUACUUUGUUUGGUAGUACUCUGGUCUUUUAUAAGAAUAGCAAAGAUUAAUCACCUGGAACAGCCAAUGACUCAGCAGUGAAUCUACAGUUGGCAGUGUUUCUUUGUAGAAAAUAAUAAAGAUCAGUGCUGUUACACAGUGGAUGCAGAUCCCUUGGGGCUACAUGCUGUAGAGGAGAUCAGUGCUGUUACACAGUGGAUGCAGAUCCCUUGGGGCUACAUGCUGUAGAGGAGAUCAGUGCUGUUACACAGUGGAUGCAGAUCCCUUGGGGCUACAUUGCUGUAGAGGAGAUCAGUGCUGUUACACAGUGGAUGCAGAUCCCUUGGGGCUACAUGCUGUAGAGGAGAUCAGUGCUGUUACACAGUGGAUGCAGAUCCCUUGGGGCUACAUGCUGUAGAGGAGAUCAGUGCUGUUACACAGUGGAUGCAGAUCCCUUGGGGCUACAUGCUGUAGAGGAGAUCAGUGCUGUUACAACAGUGGAUGCAGAUCCCUUGGAGCUACAUGCUGUAGAGGAGAUCAGUGCUGUUACACAGUGGAUGCAGAUCCCUUGGGGCUACAUGCUGUAGAGGAGAUCAGUGCUGUUACACAGUGGAUGCAGAUCCCUUGGGGCUACCAUGCUGUAGAGGAGAUCAGUGCUGUUACACAGUGGAUGCAGAUCCCUUGGAGCUACAUGCUGUAGAGGAGAUCAGUGCUGUUACACAGUGGAUGCAGAUCCCUUGGGGCUACAUGCUGUAGAGGAGAUCAGUGCUGUUACACAGUGGAUGCAGAUCCCUUGGGGCUACAUGCUGUAGAGGAGAUCAGUGCUGUUACACAGUGGAUGCAGAUCCCUUGGGGCUACAUGCUGUAGAGGAGAUCAGUGCUGUUACACAGUGGAUGCAGAUCCCUUGGAGCUACAUGCUGUAGAGGAAAAACAAGAAUGGGUUUUCUUUCAACUGUAUGCAUUGUCUCUUUAUAUGAUAGUAUAUAUUAUAGUUGCAUAAUUACAUUUACAUUUACGUCAUUUAGCAGACGCUCUUAUCCAGAGCGACUUAAAAAUUGGUGCAUUCACCUUAUGGAUAGCCAGUGGGACAACCACUUUACAAUAUAUAUUUUUCUAUUUUUCUCAUGUUUAAAUUUGUUAUUUUUAGAGUAUAUUUGUAAUUUUCAUUUGUUAUAUAUAUAUAUAUAUAUAUAUAUAUAUAUAUAUAUAUAUAUAUAUAGUUUUUUAUUUUAUGUAUGUGUUAUUUUUUUUUUUUUUUCUUUUUAAAUUAUUUUCUUUUUUUCUUUUAUUAAUUAUUAUUUUGUGGGGGGGGGGGGGGGGGGUAGAAUGAUUACUUUUACACUAUCCCAGGUAUUCCUUAAAGAGGAUUAAUAAUAAUGGAGUUAUUACAUAAGAGGAAUAAGGAAGUCACUAUUACUAGUUAUGCAAUUAAAAUACAAUUACCAAAGUAUUAUAGAACAACAUGCUAAUAAACAUUUUGCUCCAAAUGUAAUUUCUUUUAUGACACAGGCACAACAACCGUUUUAAUGUUAAGUGUUACUGAGAAUGCUAACAGUAACAAAAUAUGGCUGUUAAGUGUCAAAAGGAAACAAAAUAUCCCAAAAUUGCCUUCUUGAAUAAACUACAGCCAAGGUAGGUGGAAAAGCAUGUUAGUUUGUAGUCUGAGUAAACUAUCAUUUCAAAUAUGGAAAAGUGUGUGUUUGAAACAAGAACACUUACCCUCAGAUGGACAGAGGUUCGAAGUUGUUUUUGCUAAGCAUCCAACUUGCUGUUGGCUUUGAAUUACUCUGCAGUAUUUUCGGGUGUUAUAAAAUUUAUUGCAGCUUUCGACCUUUUCAGUGGCAUGUUGAAAGUGUCAUACCGUAGUUUAGCAUCACAUUUAUUUAUACUUACAGUGCAUUCGGAAAGUAUUCAGUCCCCUUGACUUUUUCCACAUUUUGUUACGUUACAGCCUUAUUCUAAAAUGGAUUAAAUAGUUUUUUUCCCCUCAUCAAUCUGCACACAGUACCCCAUAAUGACAAAGAAAAAACAGGUUUUUAGAUAUAAAGUCUUCUUGGGUAUGACGCUAUAAGCUUGGCACACCUGUAUUUGGGGAGUUUCUCCCAUUUUUCUCUGCAGAUCCUCUCAAGCUCUGUCAGGUUGGAUGGGGAGCAUUGCUGCACAGCUAUUUCGAGGUCUCUCCAGAGAUGUUCGAUCGGGUUCAAGUCCGGGCUCUGGCUGGGCCACUCAAGGACAUUCAGAGACUUGUCCUAAAGCCACUCCUGCGUUGUCUUGUCUGUGUGCUUAGAGUCAUUGUCCUGUUGGAAGGUGAAUCUUCGCCCCAGUCUGAGGUCCUGAGCGCUCUGAAGCAGGUUUUCAUCAAAGAUCUCUGUUCUUUGCUCCAUUAAUCUUUCCCUCGAUUCUGACUAGUCUCCCAGUCCCUGCCACCGAAAAACAUCCCCACAGCAUGACGCUGCCACCACCAUGCUUCACCGUAGGGAUGGUGUCAGGUUUCCUCCAGAUGUGACGCUUGGCAUUCAAGCCAAAGAGUUCAAUCUUGGUUUCAUCAGACCAGAUAAUCUUGUUUCUCAUGGUCUGAGAGUCUUUAGGUGCCUUUUGGCUAAUUCCAAGUGGGCUGUCAUGUGCCUUUUACUGAAUAAUGGUUUCCGUUUGGCCUCUCUACCAUAAAGGCCUGAUUGGUGGAGUGCUGCAGAGAUGGUUGUCCUUCUGGAUGGUUCUCCCAUCUCCACAGAGGAACUGUCAGAGUGACCAUCGGAUUCUUGGUCACCUCCCUGACCAAGGCCCUUCUCCCCCAAUUGCUCAGUUUGGCCAGGCGGGCAGCUCUAGGAAGAGUCUUGGUGGUUCCAAACUUCUUCCAUUUAAGAAUGAUGAAGGCCACUGUGUUCUUGGGGACCUUCAAGGCUGCAGAAAUGUUUUGGUACCCUGCCAUUAGUUGAAGGCAGUCAAUCCUUUCAGAAAAGUAGUCACUUUCUGAGAUCUGUAUUCAAAUAGAUUUGAAAAGUAGUCACUUUCUGAGGUCUGUAUUCAAAUAGUUUUUAAAAGUAGUCACUUUCUGAGAUCUGUAUUCAAAUAGUUUUUAAAAGUAGUCACUUUCUGAGAUCUGUAUUCAAAUAGUUUUUAAAAGUAGUCACUUUUAGGUUGGGGAAAAAGUUUGAAGAUGUAAUGGCAUUUUAGCAUUAACUUCGUCACAAUUUAUUAUGCUUACUAAUAACCAUAGGAAUCCAUCUGAUUUAUCAUAAGUAACCUCAAAGCAUUUUCAGAACAUAUCUUAUUCUACUAAUCACGAUAUUAAUAGUUCCACUCAAAUACACAGUGUGAGGUCGGUGCUAUCGUGUCAUGAACGCUGCGAAACAUCACUAAUUGUUCUGGUUUCUGCCUGGCGGUGCUGCUACCAUCAAUCCAGUGACAACAAGACUGCCUGCAUCACCGGGGGCAUGAUAAUGGGUGUAUUUGAGUGGUGUGCUUCAAUGUGAAACCGGAGGUCUGCAGUUUAUUGAUUUUCCCACAUUCACGAGUGAGCGACACGUCAGGAGAUUAGCUUUCAUUAGCUCUAGCGCUAACCCGGCAGUAAGUAAAAGUUUCUCGGUGGCAGUGUGCAGGUAGUCCAUAUACGGUUAAAGCGCAUGCAGGCUUUGGUAGCAGCAGUCUGUUACAGGAGUUUCACGCUCACUGGGGGAUGGAAAAUGCAUGUUUCACCACCACAGGGGAUUCUCAGAAUGUUUUAAGAAGUGUUUGCCAGGAAAUCAAUUUUCGACCCUUUUUUGUCUGUUAGCGCAGUGUUUUGAAGUCCUGGGGCUCGCAGCAUUACAGAAUCCAACUGCCCCGACUUGUUCACAGGACUCCAUAACUCUCGCAUUCAGGUGUAGGGAAAUCGGUCAGUAACGCUCAAUCAAUUAAAAGACCUAAAUAACUUGACAAUGGUGUGUUUGACGAGGCUUCACGGUCCAACUGUAAUGUCACAGAGCAUGGGACUCUGGUUGUGUCAGUCUCCUGACACGUUGUCAAGCUGUCUGAUAUUUCUUAUGCAGUCUCACACACACACAAUCACACACGCGCGCAUAUUAUUAAUUUGUAUUAUUAUUAUUAUUACACACACACACGUUGAGAUGUUUAUUAAUGACGGAGAAGCCAUCCCUGGAGCCAGGCUGUCUCUCUAGUGUGACACACCAUGUCCGAUCUGUUCCCCCUGCAGCUCACUGACUCACUCACUCCUAUACCUUCCCAGAAGAUGGCCACCAACCCCUGCACCACCACCCCAUUAACAUAUCCCCAGUCCUCCAGUGCUCCUGUCUGCUGGCUCUCCACACGUUUGAAAUUCAUCUCUGCUCGCCAGUAACAUAUGAGCGAGACACUUCCUCGGCUAUGCCCACAGGGAAGGGGGGGGGGGGGAGCUUUGAAAGGCCCUUUCUGUUUUCCUCUGCACUCCCCCACCCCCCGUAGCCUGCAUGCUGGGAAAUCGCAGUUUCACUCAGAGAGAGGGGUGUGUGUGUCGUUGAAACAAAGCAGACAGAUCUAAAACACUGCAACACAGCAAAGCCCCUGCUUUAUAUGGAAACAUUGCCAUGGUAACUAUUGUAUGUUGUCUUCUUUCUCCCGAGCUUGUUAUUUUGAUGGAGCAUAAUAAGGCAGGGUAAUUGAAUUUGUUUGUCUAAAAAUACAUAUGUAAUAAUGUUCCCGUUCUUUUCACAUAGCUUAUUACCUUUUCAGUUUGAUCUCUUAUGUCAUCCAAUGAAAUGUGACGGUACGCCUUAUGACUGUUUUAUUUAUAGAAAACACAGGAGGAGGAUAUUGGUUCUAGAAUAGGAGGGUAAAAUGCUGUCGGCAACCCACUUGAGCCGCAUGCUACUCUUCUAACCCCCCCAUUGCGGUUCCCUGGCUAGGUUUCCGCCUCCGAAAGAAAAAUAUAUUUAUUUGUGGUCCUUUGUAGCUCAAUUGGUAGACCAUGGUGCUUGUAACGCCAGGGUAGUGGGUUCGAUUCCUGGGACCACCCAUACCUAAAAUGUAUGCACGCAUGACUGUAAGUCGCUUUGGAUAAAAGCGUCUGCUAAGUGGCAUAUAUUAUCAUACAGUGCCAUCGGAAAGUAUUCAGACCCCUUGACUUUUUCCACAUUUUGUUACGUUACAGCCUUAUUUUAAAAUGUAUGAAAUUGUCUUCCCCCCCCCCCCCCAUCAAUCUACACACAAUACCCCAUAAUGACAAAGUAAAAACAGCUUUUUUGACAUUUUUGCUAAUUUAUUAAAAAUUAAAAACGUAUAUGACAUUUUACAUAAGUGUUCAGACCCUUUACUCAGUACUUUGUUGAAGCACCUUUGGCAGCGAUUACAGCCUCAAGUCUUCUUGGGUAUGAUGCUAUAAGCUUGGCACACCUGUAUUUGGGGAGUUUCUCCCAUUCUUCUCUGCAGAUCCUCUCAAGCUCUGUCAGGUUGGAUGGGGAGCGUCGCUGCACAGCUAUUUUCAGGUCUCUCCAGAGAUGUUUGAUCGGGUUUAAGUCCAGGCUCUGGCUGGGCCACUCAAGGACAUUCAGAGACUUCCCAAAGCCACUCCUGCGUUGUCUUGUCUGUGUUCUUAGGGUCGUUAUCCUGUUGGAAGGUGAACCUUUGCCCCAGUCUGAUGUCCUGAGCACUCUGGAGCAGGUUUUCAUCAAGGACCUCUCUGUACUUUGCUCCAUUCAUCUUUGCCUCGACCUUGACUAGUCUCCCAGUCCCUGCCACUGAAAAACUACGCCACCGCAUGAUGCUUUCACCCAUGCUUCACCAUAGGGAUGGUGCCAGGUUUCCUCCAGACGUGACGCUUGAAAUUCAGGCUAAAGAGAAUCUUGUUUCUCAUUGUCUGAGAAUCUUUAGGUGCCUUUUGGCAAACUCCAAGCGGGCUGUCAUGUGCCUUUUACUGAGGAGUGACUUCCGUGUGGCCACUCUACCAUAAAGGCCUGAUUGGAAGAGUGCUGCAGAGAUGGUUGUCCUUCUGGAAGUUUCUCCCAUCUCCACAGAGGAAUUCUAGAGCUCUGUCAGAGUGACCAUCGGGUUCUUGGUCACCUCCCUGACCAAGGCCCUUCUCCCCCGAUUGCUCAGUUUGGCCGGGCGGCCAACUCUAGGAAGAGUCUUGGUGGUUCCAAACUUCUUCCGUUUAAGAAUGAUGGAGGCCACUGUGUUCUUGGGGACCUUCAAUGUUGCAGACACUUUUUUUGUACCCUUCCCCAGAUCUUUGCCUCGACACAAUCUUGUCUCGAAGCUCUACGGACAAUUCCUUAGACCUCAUGGCUUGGUUUUUGCUCUGACAUGCACUGUAAACUGUGCGACCUUACAUAGACAGGUGUGUGCCUUUCCAAAUCAAUUGAAUUUACCACAGGUGGACUCCAAGUUGUAGAAACAUCUCAAGGAUGAUCAAUGGAAACAGGAUGCACCAGAGCUCAAUUUCGAUUCUCAUAGCAAAGGGUCUGAAUACUUAUGUAAAUAAGUAUUGGACCACUGCUUCUCAACUUUCCGAAAUGCCUACAAGGCCCUCCCCUGCCCUCCAUUCUGCAAAUCUGAUCACGACAAUUUUCUCCUCCCUUCCUAUAGGCAGCAACACAAACAGGAGGUACCCAUGCUAAGGUCUAUUCAACGCUGGUCUGACCAAUCGGAAUCCAUGCUUCAAGAUUGUUUAGAUCGCGCGGACUGGGAUAUGUUCUGUGUAACCUCUGAGAAUAAAAUCGACGAAUACACGGAUACGGUGACUGAGUUCAUCAGGAAGUGUAUAGGAGAUGUUGUACCCACUGUGACUAUUAAAACCUACCCAAAACAGAAACCGUGGAUAGAUGGAAGCAUUCGCGCAAAACUGAAUGAGCGAACCACCGCAUUUAACCAUGGCAAGGUGACUGGGAAUAUGGCUGAAUACAAACAGUGUAGUUAUUACCUCCGUAAGGCAAUCAAACAGGCAAAACGUCAGUACAGACAAAAUGGGGUCGCAAUUCAAUGGCUCGGACACGAGACGUAUGUGGCAGGGUCUACAGACAAUCACGGACUACAAAGGGAAAACCAGCCACAUCGCGGACUCCGACGUCUUGCAUCCGGACAAGCUAAACACCUUCUUCGCCUGCUUUGAGGACAACACCGUGCCACCAACGCUGUGGGCUCUCCUUCUCCGUGGCCGACAUGAGUAAGACAUUUAAGCGUGUUAACCAUCGCAAGGCUGCCGGCCCAGACGUCAUCCCUAGCCGCGUCCUCAGAGCAUUCGCAGACCAGCUGGUUGGAGUGUUUAUGGACAUAUUCAAUCUCUCCCUUUCCCAGUCUGCUGUCCCCACUUGCUUCAAGAUGACCACCAUUGUUCCUGUACCCAAGAAAGCAAAGGUAACUGAACUAAAUGACUAUCGCCCCGUUGCACUCACUUCUGUCAUCAUGAAGUGCUUUGAGAGACUAGUCAAGGAUCACAUCACCGCUACCUUACCUGUCACCCUAGACCCACUACAAUUUGCUUACCGCCCCAAUAGAUCCACAGACGAUGCAAUCGCUAUCACACUGCCCUAUCCCAUCUGGACAAGAGGAAUACCUAUGUAAGAAUGCUGUUCAUUGACCAUAGCUCAGCAUUCAACACCAUAUUACCCUCCAAGCUCAUCAUUAAGCUCGGGGCCCUGGGUCUGAACCCCUUCCUGUGCAACUGGGUCCUGGACUUCCUGACGGGCCACCCCGAGGUGGUGAAGGUAGGAAACAACACCUCCACUUCACUGAUCCUCAACACAGGGUUCCCACAAGGGUGCGUGCUCAGCCCCCUCCUCCCAUGUCUGCGUGGCCACGCACAACUCCAACUCAAUCACAAAACAAAGGAGCUGAUCGUGGACUUCAGGAAACAGCAGAGGGAGCACACCCCUACCCACAUCGACUGCACCGCAGUGGAGAAGGUCAAAGCUUCAAGGUCCUCGGCGUACACAUCACUGAAAAACUGAAAUGGUCCACCCACACAGACAGUGUGGUGAAGUAGGCGCAACAGUGCCUCUUCAACCUCAGGAGGCUGAAGAAAUUUGGCUUGGCCCCUGAAACCCUAAAACUUUUACAGAUGCACAAUUGAGAGCAUCCUGUCGGGCUGUAUCACCGCCUGGUACGGCAACUGCACCGCCCGCAACCACAGGGCUCUCCAGAGGGUGAUGCAACACAAACUACCUGCAAACUACUGCCAUGUAUCGCGAGAUCUUGGCCAACAACCUCCUUCCCUCAGUAAGAGCAUUGAAGAUGGGUCGUGUCUGGCUCUUCCAGCAUGACAACAACCCGAAACACACAGCCAGGGCAACUAAGGAGUGGCUCCGUAAGAAGCAUCUCAAGGUCCUGGAGUGGCCUAGCCAGUCUCCAGACCUGAACCCAAUAGAAAAUCUUUGGAGGGAGCUGAAUGUCUGCAUUGCCCAGCGACAGCCCCGAAACCUGAAGGAUCUGGAGUAGGUCUGUAUGGAGGAGUGGGCCAAAAUCCCUGCUGCAGUGUGUGCAAACCUGGUCAAGACCUACAGGAAACGUAUGAUCUCUGUAAUUGCAAACAAAGGUUUCUGUACCAAAUAUUAAGUUCUGCUUUUCUGAUGUAUCAAAUACUUAUGUCAUGCAAUAAAAUGCAAAUGAAUUACUUAAAAAUCAUACAAUGUGAUUUUCUGGAUUUUUACAGACCUUACAGACCUCUACAUGCUUUGUAAGUAGGAAAACCUGCAAAAUCGGCAGUGUAUCAAAUACUUGUUCUCCCCACUGUAUAAAUAUAAAAGUAAAGAAACACACAACACUUUGUAUUCAGUUACAAUCAAACCUUCUGUUUGCAUUAUAAUACUUGUGUAUCUGAGUUUUAUUAAUCAGUUUCUUGCGGGGCUUGAUGUGGGUAUUUCAGUUAAUCACUGGAGAACCAUUUUUCCUUCUUUGGUAAAAUUUUUUAUCAAUAAGUAACAUCACUCCUGCAGCAUAUUUACUGUAUGUUCACGAGAUUCGAUUCUCCCUGCAACUUCACCAGAUAGCUUCCGUGUCCACUGCUCUGUGACCCUGAACACCAGAUUUCAUGGUAAUUUCAUCCGACUGCUAUCCGUGGUGAAAGAAUUUCUUGUGCGGCGCCCCCAACAUUUCUAUUUUUUUUUUUUUUUUUUUUUGAUUUUUUUUUUCUUCCAGUCAUAAAGGUUGCAGACCCUGUGCUAGGGUGAUCCAAUCCAUGUUUCCUGUGUAGUUUCUCGGCCCUAUGUUUGGUUGUGGCGUAAUUGUGCGCUCCACAUUACAGGGCUGUGUUGCGUACUUCCUUUCUCUGAGGGCGCUGUACCGUGGCACCAUGAUCAAAGUUGUAUGAUCAAAGUAGGCCUGUGUUCCUGUAAUGACAUUAAAGCUUUCUGUGUCAAACAGGAAGGAGGUGACUGGGUUUUCACGUGUCAUAUUGAGGCAGUGGCGGGGUUUGUGGCUGUGUCUGCUGUCGGCGGGAAGUCAACUAAAUGAAGGGAGCUCUAGAGUUGUUUAAUUGACAAUACUUGUUUUGUUUUUUUUUCUUGUUUUUUUUUAGGUCUUGGCAUCUCAAAAUCCACAUCAAUUUUAGUGACCUUAUACUGUUACCUUUUAGAACCUUAAACUUUCAUUUAGCCAUUAUUUAACCAAAGAAAAAAUGUCUUAAAUGGACAGCACUUCAAAGCUAUUGCGUUGUCUCUGCAAGUUAUUAGAUUGUUCUUAAUAAUAAAAACAGGCAACACCACAUUUUAAUUGGAUGACAGCUUCAAAGGCAAGAGCAGAAGUACAGUAGAAAGGUAAUAUCUCAAACUAAGAACACUACAACUAAAAGUUGAGACAAGGCAGUCCAAAGGAUAGUAUAUCUGUUCUGCAUGUAUUCCAGUUCUCACAGAAAUCCCCUCACACUAUACCGUAUGAUUGUGUGCAAUAUAACGCAGAUGACACACUGAUUUGAAUCUUAAUCAUAAUAAUCGUCUUAAUAACUAUUAAAAACCCUUUGGGGACUGCGUAGGCUAAAGAUGUUAGCUAUAUUUGGCCAUCAGAGCAGCAAAUCUAGACAAAUGUCACAGUUGACAAGCAUGUCAAACUCAUCUCUGCUUCGUGGAGACAUCGCUAGGAGACAACUAGAAGAAAAACAGCGUGUCCUGUAUCUGACCCUGUUCCUGCUGUCAGUACACACACACACACAGGCUUGCUUCUUCAUCGGUCAGUCAUGACAUAACCAUUAGUGUCUCCCCUAGUCCAUCGUCCUACAAACAACUCAGGAACACUUCAUUCUUCUUAUCUACCGCUGUGUGUUACGGUUAAUGAAGAGAGAAGCAUCUGCACUGUGCUGUCAAAAGGGACUAAGGAGUGGAUUCUUCCUUUUACUCCUCUGUUUUGGCACAAUGGCAUAAGAGUAUUAGAAAAUUAAAAGCAUUAGAAAAUUAAAAGCAUUAGAAAAUAAGUAAAUGAAAGAAAGGAAACGAAGCUGAACGCAAAUCGCUUCGUUGAUGCACUGCAAAAUCAAAAGGAAAAAUAACUUAAGUCUUAGGUCUGUCGCUUGACUUUACUACUGUGCGUUUUUUACACUUGAAUAAACACUUUCUCACUCUCUCUCUUGCUCCUCUCUCUCUGUCUGUCUGUCUGUCUGUCUGUCUGUCUGUCUGUCUGUCUGUCUGUCUGUCUGUCUCUCUCUCUCUCUCUCUCUCUGUCUCUGUCUCUGUCUCUGUCUCUGUCUCUGUCUCUGUCUCUGUCUCUGUCUCUGUCUCUGUCUCUCUCUCUCUCUCUCUCUCUCUCUGUGUCUCUCAGUCUCUCUCUGAGUGAGUAAGAAAGAAAGUGAUCUCACUCAUUCACUAACAGUCACAUUGGCAACACAUUAAUAACAUGUAUACCCCCCCCCCCCCCCCUCUCUCUCUCUCUUUCCGCCUCCAGAGCGCGGUCUGGACAGCCUGCAGCAGGCCCUCCACCAGUCUGUGUUCCUGUCGGCCAUGUCGGCCCAACCCGGACGGGACUUACCCCUGUGCUGGGAGCAGCAUUGCAAGCUGCUGCCUGGGGUGGCUGGAUUGCAGGCCAGCUGCGUGGCCCACUGGACCGCGGACGAGGUGAGAGCACACACACAUCCACACGUACAUGCAUACAUACACACAUGCACCUGUGAAUCGAUAGUUGAAAUGAUGUAGAGAGAAGCAGUGACACAUGCAUACAAACACACGAUAACAUACGCUCUAUACACACAUGGAAUUUGUGUUAUAGAUAUGUGGGAGUAGAGGCCUGAGGGCACACACUUAAUAUGUUGUGAAAUCUGUUAUGUAUUGUAUUGUAAUGUCUUUAAAAUUUAUAACUUCCUUAAUCUUGCUGGACCCAGGAAGAGUAGCUGCCUUGGCAGGAACUAAUGGGGAUCCAUAAUAAAUACACAUACACACUCAUACAGGUCACAUACACACACACACACACACACACACACCCGUUGACGUAUGCUUGAUGAUCGGUGAAUCCCAAACCACCACCUUGCCCCUACCAACCUGCUGUUGCUGACUAAACUCUGAUGAUGACUUCCAGAGAGUGGCAAGGGGAUCAAUUAACCUAUCAAUUUCGGGACACACUUCUGACUUCAAUGAUGCGAUUCAUGUUCCACUUUUAAAUAAUAAACCUAGCAUGAAAUUCAAAUGAACAAAUCUACCCUGUCGUUUUUCAAGAUUUACAGUUAAACAUUUAAUUUGGGAGUUGUUUCAUCUGUUACAUGUGUUAAGUCUCGAAAUCAGACAUAAACAAAUGUACGUGGCAUAUAAUUAUCUCCAUUAUUUUGUAUCAAAUUGCGCAAACUCCAAACAUAUUGCAGUGCUUGUCGGGAUAACACUUUGCUCUGAAGCCUGCAGCCUUGCAGGCUCGGUCGAAAUGGCUACCUGAAGGUAUAAUUAGUCCCUACACCAGGGGUGGGCAACCCUGGUCCUGGAUUGGCGCAGGCACUUCAUGUUUUUAUUUAACCGACCUGGAAGGCCAGAUGUGUUACAUUUAUCAAUCACUGAACUGAUCCAUUAGCUCAGUUGGUCAGGUGUGGUGCCUAGUUGGAACAAAAUUACCUGCAACACUCUAGGAACAGGGUUGCCUACCCCUGCCCUACACCCUCAAUACAGUUCACUCCCUCCCUUGGGACACUUGUGCAAAUGGCGCAGGCGCACGUGAAUGAGCAAAUGGAGGGGUGAGAGGAAGGGGGUGAUUUGGGAUUCAGCCGAUGUCUCACCUUAGUUUGUUUCAUCAUCUGGUAUUGUAUCGUGUAUAGGUCCUUUAUAGGUCCGUAUAGGUCCUUAUAGGUCCUUAUACGUCCUUGUAUAGGUCCUUAUAGGUUCUUAUAGGUCCGUAUAGGUCCGUAUAGGUCCUUAUAGGUUCUUAUAGGUCCGUGUAUAGGUCCUUUAUAGGUCCGUAUAGGUCCUUAUACGUCCUUGUAUAGGCCCUUAUAGGUCCUUGUAUUGUUGAGUUUGCUCUACAUGUGGCUUGCUGCAGUGUAAAGGAAAGGUGUUGGGAUUAUAUUUGCCCUUAGUUCACAUAUAGAAAACCUUAUUCCCUUAUACUAACGUUUGUUGUGUAACCCAGUCGUCUGUCAGUUGGGUUUAUAGGGAACCAGAGUGUACAGUACUGUCCAGUCUGUCUCCUUUCCACCCUGUCAUUUCUCUUCUACUGUUGAUAUCAGGCUUCAGAGAGAGCUUGACAAAGGCACAUCACCAUAGCAACCAGGUGUGACCGUAAACUUUGACCCUCGCAGCCAGAGAGCCUAGUGGUAAAUAGACUCAGAGAGUCUACUGUUUGUUUACAGUUGAUGCGUUGUGGGCAUAAAUGUUUUACAGCUGAUGCAUUGUGGGCAUAAAUGUUUACAGUUGAUGCAUUGUGGGCAUAAAGGAGAGAGUGGUAGAAAUGAAAUGAUGGUAAUGUGUAGGUGUAUGAAUAAUAAUGUUUUCAACCAUUUUAUUUAUUUGGUUGAUCCUUAUGCCUCGUCGUACCCUCUAUCUAUUAUAUUGAACAGACUGUAGCACAGUUUGUUAGUCCCCUCGUAUUGUGUUUCAAACCUGCUUUGUCAAGCCAAAUUGAUAUCAGUCCAAAUAUAUUGAAACGUCAGCUGUCACUUGAGAAAAUACAAAUCCUUGGAUGUUUCCCUCUCUGGUUAGAGUACGAGACUCAAUUGAAAUGUCAGAAUCCCUCAGCGAGGCCGCUCCACUCUUUAGAAUUAAUUGACAUGCCGACGUCCCCCGUCUAAACGGCGUGCGCGAUACGGCCAACGCCACGAUCAUCCCGCGGUUGCUAAGCACUCUCUCUUCAUCUCUGUUGAUUGAUGGAGAUGAUGGGGGCUACUUUAUUAUUUCACUUUCGCUACACACAUACCUUCUCCGCUCCUCUCUGCCGCCGCUGAGCAUCUCCAACGGUAACAACGAGAAGAUCACACACCCCUGUAACGGGGUGGAGAAUUUUCCAACUACACUGCGGCAGUGUUGAGGAGUGAGUGGGCGCCAACAAGGCACACCAGGGGGAAGGAAGGAGGAGGGAGGGGGGAGGGGGAGAGGAAGAGAGUGAGAUAUAAAAAAAAAUUUAAAAAAAGCUGGAAGGAUCCUCGGAGCACAGUAGAGGUAACCAAUACUAUCACUGAGCACACAACAGCAAUGGACAUUCAGAUAUAAAUUGUGGUGUGUUGGAAACAUUAUUAUUCGUAAUAACCAAUCAUGUUAAUUCCAAAAGGGUUGUGGUUUGAAUUAACAAAUAGCAAUUGGGUUACUGUCCUCCAAAGAGUGUGAUUUGGCUAUUGGGAGGCAAGGGGCUCACCUGGGAAGGCAGUAGGGUUAGUAGGAGCAGCUAAUAUGGCUAUCUGUGUUACUUGUGUGAAUGUGACACAAGCGUAUUCCGUUGUUUUACAAAUUAGCGAAGUCUCAGUCACCAGUAAAGAACCCAGCAUCUAAGAUGCAACAUAAAUAUAUUACGUAGAACAAACACGCUCCUCUGACGUCCAGAAAAAGGCAUCACAUCGGCUCUAUUCAUGACAUUUCAAUCUGCAGAGUUCAGUGUUGUGCAUACCGAACAUGGCCCAGGCUUGUCUUGUGACAGCAACCUGCAGAGAGGUGGAGGAUAGAAUGUCAUCAAGUUUUACCGGAGGUGGAAGUUUUGUCUUGGCGGUUGUGGGGAUUUGGCAGAGUGGAAGGAGCGUGAUUGCAGUAGGGAGGGAGGGAGGAAGGAGGACUGGAAAAGGGAACGGCUAGAAGGAGAGGAGCACUGCUUAUAUAGGCUUGUAUAACACCCACUAACCUACAGAUGUUUCCCUACUUCACCUCCCUCACAGUCAGGGAGUUCAGGAAGCCCUUAGCCGAGGUUCUAUAGCUUGAGCCUAUAGUUUGAUAGCCUGGAGCAGUGCUGAAUGGGGACAUUUCACUAUCACCAAUCAGCCAGCACUUCUCCAACCUAACCGGUAGCUAACUGAGUGGUUUUAGCAUUGCAUCAUGUAAUAGCACACACUAUCAUCCAAAGCACUGUGCUUAUUAUUUUUUUGUGAUCCCUUUGGGAAUUGAACCCACAACCUUAGCGUUGAUAGCAUCGCACUCUUACCUACUGAGCCACACAAGACGACCAGUUCUGGUCUGGAGCACCACUAUCUCCAGUAUCUUCAUCAACCCUCCCAUACAUAUCUAUUCAUAUGUUACGUAUGUGUAUUUCCCAUCUCCUUUCACCAUUCAGCUGGACAUACUGUAGUUAAGAUACACUUUAAGAUAUCUUCUGGGUUUCUUGUAUCUGCAAGGCUGAAUCUUUCAUUCAUGGGGUUCAUUAUCCUGCCAGCUCUUGAUCCCGAUCAUAUCUAUGCACUCAUUCCACUACAGUGACACCCCAUCUGGCCUUCAACUCCACCCCCCUCUCUCUCUCUCUCUGACUCUCAAAGAGAGAGAUAGUCAAAGUUCUUCAAAAGCGCCGCUUUCAAACGGAAAGGUCAAUGUUUCGGCCCCUUUGCCUGGACUCCUGCGAGGCCAAUUAUAGCCCAUCAUAUUUUCCUAAGAGCGAAAAAGAGAGGGUGUCAGCAGCCGGUGUGGAGGAGAAUGUCCUCUUGUGUCACCCUCCAUGGAAGUAGUGCUGGGAGUCCUGCCAUGGGACCAGCCUCACAAAGGCUCUGCUCCAAGCGCGCUACUUUCUCACCCAGUCUCACCCAGGACUGUAACAGGAUUUUAGUGCUCUACCCACUCCUGUCACACUUUAACACACACUGGCUGGAAAGGUUUACAUCCCAAAUAUGGCAGACGAAACACUUAGCUGACUCAACCAUUUGCAUUUGUAGCGCUGGAGCACAUACUAGGAAUUGUUAGGAUGAAGCUUGGAUCAAGGAGCAUGUGUGUUGACCAGAAUGUAUGAUUAUUUGGGAAAGGUUUUCAAAAGUUACAAAUUGAUAUUGUUGGUAGUAAAUGGAUGAUGGUGUAUUGUCAUUGUUAAUAACAUCUUCAUAGGCUGAUGCUUUUGAAACUGGAGAACUGUUUUGAUUCAUGAAUAAUUCCAGCACAAAUUUAGAUUUCCGAUUUGAAUUCCAACCCACUCUAGAAAUGUCUUGAUCUUUCUUUUUGAAGAACUUCCAUAAAUAGCACUUAGCUAAUAGAGCAUUUAGCUAAUCAUGUCCCGGAGAAUACAGUAUGUCGCAGUUCAGAUUUCUCUCCUCACUGUAAUGUAGACAGACACUGAAAUUUACUCUCUCUCUCUGUCUGUCUGACGUUGAGGCCAGAUAUUUUACAAGUCACUCCGGUAGCAGGUAGUCUGCUGCAGCUAGUGCUAGCAGAAUGCUUCAGCCUUGAUAGACCUACCACUCCAGACCUGGAUUCAAAUGGUACCUGUUUGCUUUCAGAUACUUAAGCUGUGCUUGGUUGAGCUUGAGCUUAACCAAUGGAAUCAAACGCGCAAACCCCACCCAUCUGGCACUCCAGGUAGGCUAAAUCAAAAGCUCAAAGUAUUUGAAAGGAAACAAAUAGUAUUUGAACCCAUUACACGCUACUGGCUAGUUGCUUCAAGGAGCCAUAUUCAGAGGCUGCAUUUUCAUGAUUCUACAUGGCAGAGAUAUCAACUCUUGGAAACACCGUAUUGGUCUCCACAGACCUCAUAACCUGUAGUGACAGCAUCCUCUAGCUCCAUUGACAUCUAUGAACACUGACAUUCAAUUGCUGUGCCUUCUAGCCACUGUGGCCCUGUUCAGAUUCUCUUGAAACGCGCUCUUCCUUCCAGUCAUGUCAGAUGGGUGAUUACGUCAAGGAAGGAAGGCAGGAAGGAUCCAUUUUAAGAACAAGGCCUGGGUCUGAGUAGAGAGGGACAUCUGUGUUUAUUUUGGUACUGGCCAGUGAAGCACAGUGAGGUAAUAGAUUUUGGGAGGUGUUAUUUAGGGGUGUUAGCGGGGUGAGGUGAGGAGCUUCGGGAGGCCCGAAGGGUCUGGGACUGGAACAAACUGUUGUUUCAUAAUCAGUCCUAUAGAUCAGCUGUUUAGCACAUCCUCGUGUAGCAGGAAUGCAGCGAGUGUUUUCUCCAAUGUUUGGCUUUUGUUUUAGCCGUUUGGGCCAUGCUCUAUACAUGACUUCUUUAUUUCUUGUUGCGUUGUCGAGAAGGAACCUGCAAGUUAGUAUUUCGUUGGACAGUGUGUAUCCUGUACAUACAAUUAAUAAAACUUGAAACGUUAUCUUGGUGUCCUGUAAUUUAGCUUGAUGGCUAAUUUCCAUGUUUUCAUUAUGGUAAGAAGAACCUGACAGAGGAGGAAGAGAGAACUUGUUGUUUUUUGGGAUAAUGAAUUUAAGUAAUUUUCACUAGCAUUUUCACUGUAGCACUUUACGCCCCGCCAUCCCUUUCAUUCGAUUUUUAAAAAGCAUCAUUUGACAAGGUUUUGGCAGGCCCACUGGCUUUCUGUAGGCUAUAGUCUUACGUUAGUGGCUCCCAGCAGAUAGUCCCCUGUUGUAAAGCAGUUGAUGUCCAUCAUAUAGCAGCUUCUGGCUCUCUCUGACCUCCCUGAAUUCCCUGGGUGUUAUCCCAGUACCAGCGGCAGUCAGGCCCACUAGAACCCCAGCUAACCCGGACUAUUAUUGGAAGUUUCCAAAGCUCUCCAAAAAGUUUUCUCUUUCCUCUCCUGUAGCUCAAAUGGUUCAGUAGAAGUCAAAGGUGACACUGGAUAUGUUUUAUUAAUUGAUAUGGAUUGAAUGCUAUCCCAUAAUUUUGAGUCUAGUUUGCUUUAAAUUGUUAAUAUUUUGACUGCUUUUUAAGCCAUCUUUUAGUAUUGAUGGAAUGGCAUUAUCGCUAGCUUCUUUAUAGCGUCAGGAAAAUGUCAGUGCCCACAGGCAAACGCUUUCUCAAUAUCAACAUGAUUUGUUGUUCUGACUGGUGAUGAUGAGACUCGACGGGCUGUAGCUUCACACAUCACUCGCUGAUCUCACUGAUGUCUGUUGUUUUUCUAUCAACACUCACUGAUGAAAACGGUUACACUUCUUUACUGAAACCCUUCAUCAUAAGGCCUACAUAAGACUGCCAUAGGAAUGGCAUAGCAUAUGUCAUAAUCAGUCAUGACUUGUGAUGUUAUGCCAUGUGAUGUUAUGUUGGCCUUAUGACUGGGAGGGUUCGAGCAAAGCGUUUCUAUGGUAAUUACACUAGAUUCUCUCCAUCGAGACGGUCUCCCAGACGCUAACCUGUCUGUCUGUCCUCUGCUUGUCUUUGUCCAGGUGGCUGACUUCAUCCACUCUCUCCCCGGCUGCGAUGAACAAGCCAAUCAGUUCAAAGAGGAGGUAAGAGGUGACACAACAUCUGGUCCCCCAGUCUGAGUUUUAAGGCUUGUCUUCCUCCAUACGGUAAAUGAGGGGAAACAGGUGCGGAGUAGCCUUUUGCCGUUAUAGUUGUCUGCAACGAAACACCCAGAGGAAUGGAUUCCACUCCUUUUUUCCCCCCAAUGUUUGGUCAGGGUUUGUUUGCGUUGAGAAUUAUACUGACUUAAGGAGACAUCACUGGAAUCCAAAGCAAUUAAUUGGAAACUAAUAGCGGUAGCGAUUAGCAUUCCGAGCACAGCCAUAUUUGCCUCAGCUAAUCUGACUACAGUAUUUGCCACUGCUCUCUUGGUAGUUAAAAUCAAUUUUUCAGCAAUCCCAGUUGAGGCUCCAUAGUUGUGAAACCCUACCUCUUUGAAGAGUAUCGUGUAUAUAACUCUCACGGCGCCCCCCUACGCCCCCCUCUUAACCCCCACCCCAAAAUACAUUGAGGGAAAAUGUCCUUGAUAUGAGUGUGAUGUGUUGUUGUCUCACCAAGUUAUCUUAAGAUGAAUGCGCUAAUUGUAAGUCACUCUGCACAAGAGCGUCUUCUUUUACAUACACGGAAUGUGACUGGCAUGUCUAGUCGUUGAACAAGACAUCACAAUCUAGUACUUGAUUACCAUUUCAUAAAUGAAAUAGGAAUUGUAUGAAUAGUGUCCACUGAUCAAACUGCUCAUACUCUAUAUAGUGACAGAUAACAUAGGGUUAUCUGUAGCCCUUAGAGAGUGAGAGAGAUUUUUUACCCCUCUCACUGGGUUCAAUUGACUGCACGUCAGCUGUUGACCCAUGCUGUAAUCUGAUUGGUUGUCUUCCAACAGCAAAUUGACGGGAAGGCCUUGUUGCUGCUGACCCAGCGGGACAUUGUCAAGAUCAUGAGCGUAAAACUCGGCCCCGCCCUCAAGAUCUACAACUCUAUCCUGAUGUUCAAGCACGCUGAGAAUAACCAAUCGGCAGCCGACAACGCCAACACAUGA